AUGCCGGGCCCGAUACUCAAAAAGUGCUUCAAUUGUCGAAUGCAACUGCCGGACGACGCGCUCAGGUGAGCCACGCCAUUUAUCGAUUUUUCGCUAAUUUCCACAGUUUUCAGCCUCGCCCAAUGCGCAAAAUGCAAGAAAAAUGAGGAAAAGUACGGAAAGGUUCGUCGGAUUACCGAUUUUUCGCGAAAAAAUUGCGAAAUGUUGCGAAAAAUUCAAAUUUUCAGCCGGGAACAUGUCAAUACUGCAAAUUGAACGCCGCUUUUCACGAUCAACGAUGUGUGUGGUGCUCGCACGCCGAACGCAAGUUCGGAAUACCGUUCCCGUGCGCCAAUUGCAAAUUACGAUGCGCAUUCCCAAGACACGAUCGUGACAAGGUUUGUGAACGAGGGAAAAAGGGCUGAAUUGAUAGAAAAAUUUAAAAAAAAACAGUAAUAGACACGAAUUUUUUCCGAAAAAAGUCUGAUUUUUGCUACUAAACCUUAAUUUUCUGGCAGGUGGAAGGUUCGUCAAUUCUCUGUCGCCUGUGCAUUCUCCAAGCCCGUCACACGAACCAAACCGUCGUGGCAGGCGUUCCGGUGCCCCCGGAAAAGCCCUCUUCAUCCGGAUCCUCGUCGGAUCAUCACCGUCGGGAUCCGAAGGAUCAGAAACACCAUCACAAACACUCCUCCUCUUCGCAAAAUCGUCACAAGGAUCACAAAGAUCAUCACAAAGAUCAUCACAAGGACCACAAGGAGCAUAAAGAUCACAGAGAUCACAAAGAUCGGAAAGAUCGGAAACGGCGGCACGAAGAGACAUCGCACGGGACCUCCAGUGCUCCGGCGGUCCCAUCGACCGCACCAGCCGAUCCUUUGGCGCCGAACAACGAAAACGGCGGCGCGUUCGGCGCAUUUUUGCCGUUUGCGAACGGAGAUCACGGCGAGAGUAUGGUGAAGCAGCAGAAGAUGGAGGACGAGAUUCGACGCCUCAAAUCGGUCAUUCAGGACAAGGAUCAACUUAUUUUCGAUAAGGAUAAACAGGUAAAUCGACGGAAAACAUCGGAAGAUAUAAAUUCCUAUUUUCAGAUCAGCAGUCUCAAGGCGGACCAGUACAAUAUGGAGAAGAAGCAUCGGGAGCGUGUUCAGCAGCUCAUCAAGGAAAAAGAGGACAGUAUCCGGGCGAUCGAACUCGUCCGCAAACACAGCUCAAAGAAAAACUAA